AUGGCUGGCUUUGGGGUGCCGCCUUGGACAGAAAAUUCACCGCAUAUCGAAGCUGUCACUUCAAUCAUCACCGAAACAGCCCGUCCGAUUGUGUUGUCUACUGAGAUUGUUAGCUUAAUAGGCUCGACUGUGACUCUUUCAGAGACAGAACAGUCCCAAACGCAGGCCAAGACUACGACGAAAUCUGUUCAGUCAGUUCAAUCUGCUCAGCCAGUUCAAUCUCAGCCAGUUCAAUCUCCUCCGCUAGUUCAAUCUCAGCCAGCUCAAUCAGGGACUACUCAGUCAUCAGCGGCUUCAUUGCAGGCAUCUUCAUCACGUUCAUCGAAUGUUCGCACAUCUCAGAGUGUUAAAUCACGGACUACUCAACAAUGGAGCUCUACUGCAACACCUCAUGUAUCCACUACAUUUCAGACUACAUUUCAGCCCACGAAAGUCCUAACUACCCCUCCAUAUUCAUCGUCUUACCUGGAUAUUACGAGAGAAUCUAUCGUUCCGGUACUUCUAAAUUCAAUGAGCUUCCUACUACCUGGAGCGUCACAAAUCACAUCAAGUAUACCGGACAAUUUCAAAAGCUCAAGUAUUCGACAAACCACAGCAUCUCCGACUUCAUCGUCCUCAGCCUCCUCAUUUGCUCCAACUACUACAUCGUCAAUUGCCACGCCCAUCGGCACUAUUGCAGGCGAUUCAACAUCUGCAAAAUCAAAAACCGGAUCUACACAUAUAGGUGCGAUUGUGGGUGGCUCUGUCAGCGGUGCAGCAUGCAUAGCUUUCUUCCUCUUACUAUGCCUCAUGUUCAUUCGUCGUAGGCGGCGAACGCCCGAUCAUAAACGACACAACAGUCUACAAAGACUGAUGCGUAAGGAAUCAAUAAGCUCCAUUCCGAGUUUCCUUGACCACAGCUCCCAUGAUCGCAAACCAUCACUCCCAAUAAGGAGUUUAUCUGAAGAGAUUCCAUCUGCACCCUUCUUCUCCACUCAGAGAAGAUACCCUCAUCCAGCCAAUAUCCACAUGCAUCCGGCUCUGUCACCCUCGGUCUCUCUCGAUAGAAUAUCCCCCACCCGCAACGACAUGUAUGGUUUCUCUACAAAUCCUUCUGUGGAUGCAGUACAUGAUCCCCCCUCUCCGAUCAUCCACAUUUCCCCGCCGUCAAGAUCUGCUUCUAUCCACUCUUAUUCAUCAUGGGAGGAUGCGAUUCUAGAUCAUUACGAAACCCCCUCGCCGAGCAUACUCUCAAUUCCGCAUCACCCAAGUCAGAGUACAUUGAAUCUCCCAGGCUACAGCUUUGAGGGAUCUCAGUAUCUUGGCACGCCACCAAUUGAAGAUAGCCGGCAUAGCAAUCCUUUCGACUUAGAACCGCCACCUCAUGCUUUGCAUAAAGGAGAACCAUUACCUCCUCAUCCGCUGGCGCAGGGUCUUUCAUUUUAA